AUGAUUAAGAUUGGAGAGGUGCCAAAGGGCAAGAUCAAGGAGAAUGUACAAUCCCUUCAUUCAUCUCUUAGAAGAAGAAAGGGAGACUCAUGCAUUGAAAAGAGCAUAGCCGAAUACAAUUCCUCCUCAAAGAAGAUGAGGAAGAAUGUCAACAAGUUGAUCACAUCUUUGAAGCACCUACAAAGCAAAUAUGGAAUCUUAAAUCAGCAUCAAGAUCUUAGCAUUCUAAGCAAAGUGAUAGCAAUAAGCAUGUGUGUCUUCCAAUGUCUGCUAUCAUUCUUGGGUGGUCCUUCAAAGUCAAAGGCAAUCAAAUGGAUGAACAAGUUGAUGCAAAAGGGAGAAGUGAACUCAGAGAGUGGCAAUGAAUUGCAAUUGGCGGAUGCAGCUUUGAACACCCUCUUAAAUGAAGGUGCAAAAGGCUCCCAGAUUCAUGCUUCCAAUGAACAAUUAGAGGCUUUGGAGAUUGCUAUUGAAAGCAUUGAGAGUGGUUUGGAGAACUUAUUUAGGCGCAUGAUUAAGACUAGAACAUCCCUUUUGAACAUAUUAUCCCAAUAGAAUACACACUAUCUUCAGAAUACCAAUUUUGAUCUACCAUAUGUGUAUAUAUAUAUGUGUACAAAUGCAAUCAAAUCAAAUACAUACAAAAGUUUAUACUCUAAAUUUUGGUGUCUUUCUUGUUUAAUCAUUGUUUUAUUUAUCUAAUAGCAGAUACUAUAUGAAUAUGCUCCUGCUUAAUGAACAAAACAAUUAAUAUCCAGUAAUUAGAUUUGAC